CGAGGGAGCUUGUUUCUGGCCGGAGACAAUUUUCCUGGCCGCAGCGUCUGGUGUCCUAGAGACCGGUGGGGGGAAAAAAGAAGGGAGGAGGUUUGACAGGAUGCUGAACGCCGACCGCCUCUCCCCGUCGGGGCUCGAGUAUCUGGCUCAACAACAUGUCCUCACAUAUAUGGAAGAUGCAGUGAGCCAGCUGUUGGAAAGCAGAGAAGAUAUUAGUCAAUAUGGUGUUGCCAGAUUCUUCACUGAAUACUUUAACAGUGUACACCAAGGAACUCAUAUUUUGUUCCGAGAAUUCAACUUUGUCCAAGCUACACCCCAUAAUAGAGCAUCCUUUCUAAAGACCUUCUGGCGAUGCUUCAGAACCGUGGGGAAGAAUGGAGACCUCUUGACAGCCAAGGAGUACCACUGCCUCCUGCAGCUGCUUUGCCCUGACUUCCCCAUGGAGCUUACACAGAAAGCAGCAAGGAUUGUUCUCAUGGAUGAUGCUGUGGACUGCUUGAUGUGUUUUUCAGACUUCCUGUUUGCCCUCCAGAUCCAGUUUUACUACUCAGAGUUCCUUGAAAGCGUGGCUGCCAUCUAUCAAGAGCUCUUGACGGGCAAGAACCCAAACACCGUCAUUGUGCCUACAUCAUCCUCUGGGCAGCAUCGUUCACGCCAGGCUCUAAGUGAGUGCAGCCCGCUCGAUGGGGUGGAGGCACCUGCAUUUUACCAGUGCCUUGAGUCUCUGUGUGACAGGUCCAAAUACAGCUGUCCCCCAUCUGCUAUUGUGAAGGAAGUUCUGAGCAGUGUGCAGAGACUGACCUUCUAUGGAUUUCUGAUGGCUCUUGCAAAGCAUCAUGGGAUCAACAGAGCCCUUGGUGCUCUCCCAGAUAAGGCAGACCUGCUGCUUGACCCACAUAUGGAUCAGGAACUGGAGAAACUGGUAGCUCAGGUUUCCGGGCUCUCCCUUUCCAAUUCCAACCCUGCCAGUGGGGAUGCGACCAAUGUGCCUUCCCGCCCCUCUCUCCGACUCAGCUCCCCUUGGAGGCCUCUCCUCCACCGCCGGAAAAUGGAUGUGGAAAGCGACGGCUCCACCGAAGAGACAGAUUCUUCUGAGAACUGAUGGAUAGAUAUGAAUGGGAGUACAAGUUUAUUUCCAGCCCUUGUAACUGAAGCCAUGAAGGCGUUGAUGAAACAUAGCUGUUUAAGCACCUUCCUCCACAAGCUCAACUUGUGACCUGCUCCUUUUUACUCUUCAUCACGAUUAUAGCUCAUGCAAUACUUACAGAGCUCCCUCUAACCAAAACUGUUGUUUUCUCCUUAUACUGGCAGGGAAAUUGGAUGGCUAGGCCAUGAAAGCUGACAUCAGCUGCAGGGUUGGACUGCCCUCUGGUGGCAAACAAGUCGAAUUAGCAGAAACGUUCUAGCACUAGAGCAAGUAGUAGCUACCGUACCUUUGAAGAAUCAAUUCUAAUCCCAAAACUAUACACCAUGAAACAUUUUCACCCUCAUCCAAAGAUAGGAAAUAUACAAGAUGAAGCCUGUAACUCAAAGCACUCUUCUUGUCCUCACGAGAUUUAUUUUACUUUCUCCUCCUGUAUAUGCCCUAUCUGCUAGUCGGUUAGCUAUCCCAAUACCUUCCAAGCUUUCACUUCAAAAUUGAAACAAGUUAGUUUAAGUUAAGUCACCUGAUUUGAAAUAUGGGGCUAAGCUGCCAUACUUUGUGGGAUGGCCAUUGCCGAUGAGCAUUUUCAAAUGCUUACUGGGCUCUAUCGUAGGAGAAAGGAGUAGGGCAUUAUUUAUUAAUUUGCAAAGCUUUAAACUUCCCUGGAAACAAAGUAUAAUAUAUAGUAAAUAAAGCAUGUUGUAAAAGGCAA